AAAGGUUGAGAGCGGAGUGGAAACUGAAGCCUGAAAUGUGUGCCGGCGGCAGCAGGUCCAGGCCCCAGGCAGGCCCAUGUGGCCCCAAGAACACGCGUGGACAGGAGCCUGGGGCCGAAGGUGGAGGCGUUGUGCACUGAGGUCCCCAGCAGCACCCCGGCCUUCAGUCCCUGCCCGUCAUGCAGGAGGGUGCACCAGCCGCCUAGGUUUCUGGUGUCCCGCCCCGCCCCCAGGGCACCCUGACUUUCCGUAAAUGACGGCGGCCAGGAAGCUCAGGGGCCGCACAGGAAGGAGCGGGGACUUUCCUGUCGCAGCUCCACGGCCCCUGCCUCGGCGCGGCUGAAGGUUAUACUCAUGGCACCUCCAAGUGAAGAGACACCUCUGAUCGCACAGCGCUCUUGCAGCCUCUCAUCCUCAGAAGCAGGGACGCUGCAUGUGCUCCUUCCUUCCCGGGGACCUGGGCCUCCCCAGCGACUGUCAUUCUCUUUUGGGGACUACGUGGCCGAGGAUCUGUGUGUGCAGGCUGCCAAGGCCUGUGGCAUCCUGCCUGUUUAUCAUUCGCUCUUCGCUCUGUCGACCGAGGACCUGUCUUGCUGGUUCCCUCCAAGCCACAUCUUCUCCGUGGAGGACAUGGACACCCAAGUCUUGGUUUACAGACUCCGCUUUUAUUUCCCCGACUGGUUUGGGCUGGAGACGUGUUACCGCUUCGGGCUGCGUAAAGAUUUGACCAGUGCCAUCCUUGACUUACAUGUUUUAGAAAGCCUCUUUGCCCAGCACCGCAGUGACCUGGUGAGUGGGCGCUUCCCCGUGGGCCUCAGCCUGAAGGAGCAGGGAGAGUUCCUGAGCCUAGCCGUGCUGGACUUGGCCCAGAUGGCUCGUGAGCAGGCCCAGCGGCCGGGCGAGUUGCUCAAGAGCAUCAGCCUGGCUCUGCCCAAAGGUCCCCUCCCACUCCGAAUGCCCGGCGUGCUCCCCACCCACAGCUACAAGGCCUGCCUGCCGCCCAGCCUGCGCAACCUGAUCCGGGGCUUGAGCUUCAUGACGCGCAAGCGCAUCCGCAGGACCGUCCUUCAGGCGCUGCGCCGCGUGGUCGCCUGCCAGACGGACCGCUACGCGCUCAUGGUCAAGUACAUCCUGGACCUGGAGCGGCUGCACCCAGAGGCUGCCGCCGCCGAGACCUUCCGCGUGGGGCUCCCGGGAGCGCAGGAGGAGCCAGGGCUCCUGCGCGUGGCGGGAGGCAGCGGGAUCGCCUGGAGUCCCGGGGACCCGGAGCGUUUCCAAACCUUCUGUGACUUUCCUGAAAUCGUGGAUGUCAGCAUCAAGCAUGCCCCACGCGUGGGUCCGGCAGGGGAGCACCGGCUGGUCACCAUCACCAGGAUGGACAGCCACAUCCUGGAAGCGGAGUUCCCGGGGCUACCUGAGGCGCUGUCCUUUGUGGCCCUCGUGGAUGGCUACUUCCGUCUGAUCUGCGACUCCAGGCAUUACUUCUGCAAGGAGGUGGCGCCUCCGCGGCUGCUGGAGGAAGAGGCAGAGCUGUGCCAUGGGCCCAUCACGUUAGACUUUGCCAUCCACAAGCUGAAAGCUGCUGGCUCCCUCCCUGGCACCUACGUUCUCCGCCGCAGCCCGCAGGACUAUGACAGCUUUCUUCUCACGGCCUGCAUCCAGACUCCCCUUGGCCCCGACUACAAGUGCUGCCUCAUCCGCCGGGACCCCCGUGGGGCCUUCGUGCUGGUCGGCCUCAGCCAGUCCCACAGAAGCCUGCGAGAGCUGAUCGCAGCCUGCUGGCACUCCGGGCUGCACGUGGAAGGCGCUGCCCUGCGCCUCACAUCCUGCUGUGCCCCCAGACCUAAGGAAAAGUCCAAUUUGAUCGUGGUGCGAAGGGGCUGCACUCCCCAGCCAGUCCCCGGCCGCUCCCGGUCCUGCUGUGUGCUGACCCAGCUGAGCUUCCACACAAUCCCAGAGGACAGCCUGGAGUGGCACGAGAACCUAGGCCAUGGCUCUUUCACCAAGAUCUACCGCGGCCGCCGGCGGGAGGCGGUGGAUGGUGAGGCACAUGACACGGAAGUCCUCCUGAAGGUCAUGGAUGCCAGACACCAGAACUGCAUGGAGUCCUUUCUGGAAGCCGCAAGCCUGAUGAGCCAAGUGUCAUACCCGCACCUCGUGUUGCUGCAUGGUGUCUGCAUGGCUGGAGACAGCAUCAUGGUACAGGAAUUUGUGUACCUAGGAGCAAUUGACACGUAUCUGCGCAAGCGUGGCCAUCUGGUGGCGGCCAGCUGGAAGCUGCAGGUGACCAAGCAACUGGCCUAUGCCCUCAACUACUUGGAGGACAAAGGCCUCCCUCAUGGCAACGUCUCAGCCCGGAAGGUGCUCCUGGCUCGCGAGGGGGUUGAUGGGAGUCCACCCUUUAUCAAGCUGAGUGACCCUGGUGUCAGCCCCACAGUGCUGAGCCUGGAAAUGCUCGCCGACAGGAUCCCCUGGGUGGCCCCCGAGUGUCUCCAGGAAGCCCAGGCUCUCGGCUUGGAGGCUGACAAGUGGGGCUUCGGCGCCACGGCGUGGGAGGUGUUCAACGGGGCGCCCGUGCACAUCACCGCCCUAGAACCCGCCAAGAAGCUGAAGUUCUACGAGGACCGGGGCCAGCUGCCCGCCCCCAAGUGGACGGAGCUGGCGGGGCUCAUCGCACAGUGCAUGGAGUACGACCCGGGCCGGCGCCCCUCCUUCCGAGCCAUCCUUCGGGACCUCAACGGCCUCAUUACAUCUGAUUACGAGCUCCUUUCAGACCCCACGCCGGGCAGCCUGAGUCCCCGAGAUGAGCUGUGCGGUGGCCCGCAGCUCUCCGCCUGUCAGGACCCCUCCAUCUUUGAGGAGAGACACCUUAAGUACAUCUCUCUGCUGGGCAAGGGCAACUUCGGCAGCGUGGAACUGUGCCGCUACGACCCUCUGGGGGACAACACGGGACCCCUGGUGGCAGUGAAGCAGCUACAGCACAGCGGGCCAGACCAGCAGAGGGACUUCCAGCGGGAGAUUCAGAUCCUCAAGGCGCUGCACAGCGACUUCAUCGUCAAGUACCGGGGAGUCAGCUACGGGCCCGGUCGCCAGAGCCUGCGGCUGGUGAUGGAGUACCUGCCCAGCGGCUGCCUGCGGGACUUCCUGCAGCGCCACCGCGCGCGCCUGCACGCCGGCCGCCUGCUGCUGUUCGCCUGGCAGAUCUGCAAGGGCAUGGAGUACCUGGGCGCGCGCCGCUGCGUGCACCGUGACCUGGCCGCGCGCAACAUCCUGGUGGAGAGCGAGUCGCAUGUGAAGAUCGCGGACUUCGGCCUCGCUAAACUGCUGCCGCUUGGAAAGGACUACUACGUGGUCCGCGAGCCUGGACAGAGCCCCAUCUUCUGGUACGCCCCCGAGUCCCUUUCAGACAACGUCUUCUCCCGCCAGUCUGACGUGUGGAGCUUCGGCGUGGUGUUGUACGAGCUCUUCACCUACAGCGACAAGAGCUGCAGUCCAUCCGCCGAGUUCCUGCGUCUGAUAGGGCCAGAGCGGGAGGGGCCCACGCUCUGCCGCCUCCUGGAGCUGCUGGCGGAGGGCCGCCGCCUCCCGCCACCUCCCGCCUGCCCGGCCAAGGUUCAGGAGCUCAUGCAGCUGUGCUGGGCACCCAGCCCGCAGGAUCGGCCGGCCUUCGGCACCCUGAGCCCGCAGCUGGACGCACUGUGGCGUGAAAACCCGGGAUAGCAGCCUGGAACAGGGGUGUGUUUCCCGGCACGUCCUGCAGAACUCAACGACCCCGGCAACCUCAGGUCCCAACACCACCAUCCAGCCUCAGCCAGCAUCCAGCCACAUCCCCGAACUCCUGACUCCAGGUCUGGGCCAGCGUCUGUCCAGUCCCGUUCUCCGCUGCCCGUGGGCUCCUGGGGGCUGUGAGGCCUCAGCAUGGCCUCUUUGCAGAUUGGGCCCUGGGGUGUUUGUUGAAUGAAUAAAUGACCUCAAUAAAAAGAAAAGAUGGUUUAUGACUAG